AUGUCCACAAAUCAACCAACACUCAUGGGAGUACCAUCGGAAAUACGUGUCCGAGUUUUCAGAUAUGUAUUUGAAGAUCACGACCCUGUGCUCAAUGCAUAUAUCACCUCAUUCGAGAAGAAUCAAUCUGACAUUCUGAAGAGACCAAGCGGUCGCGAGUACUUCAACAGGUUCGUCUUCAGAGCGCGGAAUAUUGAUCAUCCUCUUUUCAGAACAUCGAAGCAGAUUCACGGUGAAGCAUUAGCCGAACGUCACAUCACGUUGAGGCUCACUGAUGUCCCGAGGAACAAUCGGUAUUGGAUGACAGUAAUUCCUGCUGGCAUUAAGCAGAGCAUCUCUAGAAUUGAAACACAGAGAAUCGUCCCAGCAUUCAAGAGAUCUAACUUUCCGCAGCUAAGGCAAGUCCUUCACGCUGGCUUGACGCUGCAUCUCAUCAAAUCUGAUAAUGAGGCCGGAUUCGCCAUUGCUGAGAACAACGACCCAGCUCUGCGUAUGCCACCUAAAGUAGCCUUCUCGCAGGGACAGUUGCAGACACUGCUCGAGAAAUGUCCAGAAAACAUUGUCGCGCAGGCAGCUGACAUGAUCAAACCGACUGAGCUAACGGGACAGCGCAUGAUGCCCGUACACAAGAAGGGAUUUGAACUCCUGAUCGGACUCGAAAUCACAGCAUUCGUCGAACCUGAACACAAGGAAAUGAUUGAUGAGGAGGUCGAGUUUGAAGAUGAUUUCGGAUGGCGGGAUCGCGUCAGUCUGAAAGCUACAUGGAACCACGACAAGAAUGAAGUUGUGCUCCCGUUGCAGAAGACACAUGUCUGGACCCUCGAAGACGAACGAGAUUACUAUGAGGGUGAAUCCAUGGACGAUGAAGAUAUGCAGUUCGAGGAUGAGUGUCCGUUCUGCCUGCAGCCGAUAUACAUCUGA